AUGUUAGAUAAUGAUACUAUACCAUAUAUUAUAAGUUACAUCCCCGACGCGAUCUCUUUUUUAAAUUUAUUAACUGUGUCAAAGCGUUAUUUUGCCCAUGCCUCCAAGCUUGAAACCAAUCCGAGUCCUUUAACACAUAUUCACACGACUUUAAUAACUCAGAAUCUUUUUUCGGACAAUUCCAAACCCCUUCCCACUGUACAAAACGUACACUAUUUAUGUCCCCUUUCAUAUUCGAUUUAUUGUGAGAAGAAGAUCAAAUAUAAGAAUUAUAAAGUGACUUGUUCUCAUAUAAUAUACACUUCAUCGGAUCGACUUCACUAUGGAAUUACUAUCCCCACUGAUGUGAAUACUUUAGGAAGAGCAUGUUACGCAGGAUUAGAGUCAAUCACUUCUAUUACCAUCCCACAAUCUAUCAAGAGGAUCGAAGAGAAGUGUUUCUACAACUGUUCCAACCUCAUCGCAAUAAUCUUUACUGGUCAUCCCCAACUCUCUUCCGUUGGCCCACAAGCUUUCCCCAAAGGCGUCUUAAAAGUGACGUUUGAGGUGCCACAACUCGACACGUGUCUCCCUGAGUUCUUAGCGAGUCGAACGGAGACGAAGCUUUCCUUCACAAAGUACACACGCGACGACUUCUUCAGUCUUAAUGAACCGACGGAGACACGGAAGAGUGAGAAUGUAGAAGUCGAUGUUUAUCCAAAGACUGCAAACGCCUGUUUUGCACUUGCCAAUGCGGCGUUCAGUUCUUCGAAGCUGCGAGAAGUGCGGGUUGAUGGGCCGAAAGUUGUGGAGGCCUUUGCGUUUGCGAAUUGUAUAUAUCUGAAGUCUGCUGCAGUGAUGGGAGUGACUAGUCUCCCUUCACAUGUGUUUGCUGGGUGUGUUCUCUUGAAGAAUGUUGAACUCUCUGAGGGACUCUAUGAGAUAGGUAGCAGUGCUUUUGAAGGUACUGCACUUCCCGAAGUCGUCUUACCAACUACGGUGACUCAUGUUGGAAAUUGUGCGUUCAAGAAUUGCCAAUUUCUGAGAAAGGUAGUGUUAGAUGACAACGUGGAGAGUCUUGGAGUCGGCUGUUUCAAGAGUUGUCAAAGUCUGAUGGACAUUCACAUUCCGGAGAACCUUCGUGAACUUCCGGCUGAGUGUUUUAUGAAUUGUUACUCGUUGAAUGAAUUGAAGAAGCACCAGACUAUUGAAGAAGUCGGUGACAGUUGUUUUGAAGGAUGUGAGUCGAUCGAACACGCAGAGAUUUCCUUUAGACUUGGUAAGAAGUGUUUCUGUGGAUGUCAAAACCUUAAGAAAGUGGUCAUUAACAAAGAAGCUGAGAAAGUCAAUGAGGCGUGUUUCUUCGACUGCAAUCAAUUGAAAGAGAUAACUAUUCAAGAGGGCGUCAAAUUCUUCGGAAAUUACUGCUUCUUCAAAUGUUUAAGUUUGGAGGAAAUUAACUUCCCCCAAUCAGUGCAAAGUGUCGGCUAUGGCUGUUUCUUUGGGUGCAAAAACUUGAAGAGCAAAAUUAAUGUGCCCAUCGCUUAUUAA